AUGAUGAUGGAGCCUACACCCUCUUUGGUUCCGAAAGACCUCUCAUCUACAACUUCGUUGUAUAACCUCUCUGCCGGAAACGCAAAUUCAGAUGACCUUUCGGCAAGAGGCGUCUUUGAGAUGGAUAUGGCCGAAUUGGAUGAGUCUAGACCAAUAUCCAGGUGCUCUAUUAACUCUGGUGUAUCUAUAACAGCUAGAAAGGAUGGCAUUGAAGGUUCAAGAAUAAAGCGUACUGGCAUUCCACAGUAUUCCUUGAAUUUGUUAAAUACAAUGGCUCAUAACCAAUACAAGAAAUUGCAAGAGUCCUAUACUGGAACUCCUCCGUUAAGCAUGAAUACGGAACAGUCUCAUUCAAGUAUAAACUCAAGAUCUCAGUCGCAGUCGCAGUCUCAAAUAUCUUAUCCAGAUUUCCCACAUUAUCCUCCGAUGUCAUUACGUGAAAAGAUGAAACUCUUAAAUAAUGAUCAUACCAAUCUUAUGAAGAUGUCCCACUCGUCAGAAUCACUCUACGAUUCGCUGAUGUAUGAAUCGAACUGUCCAAGCACUACUUCAGUCACUGAACUGUUCCCACAAUCAACAAAUAUAGUUUCAAACUCCAGUUCUACAAAGGAGGAUAAUGUACCAACAGUUCACUCCCUAGAAGAUGAUUACAAUAAUCUUAACUGUAAUCGAUUAACAUCUGAACUUCAUAUUGAUCAUCUUUCCAUUGAGCCACGCAGCAAUAAUAAUACUGGUAUUAAUGACAUUGAUAGCAAUGCCAGCACAAUGGGAGAUGACAUUUCAUAUUUGAAUGCAAUGAGAACCUUGCAUACACCAGCUCCGUUUGUUGACUCUCAGCAAGAAUAA